AUGAACAAUAUGGAUAAAGAACAAAGAAAAAAGCUUGAAAAGCAAAUUUAAUUAGGUCACAUCAAAAAAGAAGAUAUUCCUAUUGGUAAAGUACCUGUUGAUCAUAAAUUUAGUACUAAAUGCAAGGACUAUUACAAUGCUUACGAUCUUUGCCUCAAAGAAUCCUAUGGUGACUGGGUCAAUUGUAAAUACUUUAGAAAAUCUAUGGAAAAGUGUGAAAGAGAGUACCAUAUCUUCCCCUUGUCAUAAAAUUGA